AUGGCACCAAAUCCAAUCGCAAUGACCAACAUCAAAGCCUUGACAAAAGGUUUCGAAACAACCGGAAAAGAUCUCUUGAAAUCUAAUAAUUCUACUAGUUAUGCUGAUAAUGAUAACAACAAUAAGCUUAAUAUCAUCGUCAUGAGAGAUGAAAAUAAUAAUAAUAAUAAUAAUAAUCAAAUCGUCUCCACUCCUGAUCAUUCUACUAAUGUUAAUAAAAAUAAAAAUAUUGUCACCACUAAUGAAGAAAAUGACGAUGACAGUCAGACUAUUACUGCCACCAAUUUCAAAAAUAAUAGCAAUAAUAAUAUUGAUAAUAAAAAUAUGAGUAAUAUUAUUACGACCAACAAUGAAGAAAACCAUGAUGAUAAUCAGUCCACCACCAUAGAUUCUAAUAAUAAUAAAAACAAUAAUACUGAUGGUUGUGAUCGUAACAACAAAGACAACAUUAUUGACGACCAACAAGCUACCUCUAUCACUUCCACUGAUCCUGUUGUCACUUCAAAUGGUUCGACCGAUUCUACUACUACUUCCACUGAUUCUGGUAUCAUUUCAAAUGAUCUUGCUACCACUUCCACCACAACAACUACUAAUAUUGCCACCAAUAAUACUAGUAAUGAUUAUUUUACUAAAAUUUGGAUAAACUGGACUUGCACAUAUUCAGUUAAUAAAUUGACGUUGCCAGAAUCGGUAGAAGAUGUUUUAAAUUCAAACAGAUACAUUGUUAAUAAACAUGGCUGGUGGCCAAUGUUUGGCGGUGAGCGUACUCUUAAAAGAAAGUAUGAUUCUUUCUCAUCACCGUCAUCACCGUCAUCACUAUCAUUGUUUUCACCCACAUUUUCAAAACGCCAAAAACUUCACAACAACCCUCAUCAUACAUCACAAUUCUCUGCUAGAAAUUAUGUCACUAUCAAAUGGUAUCCUCUAAAUGAUCAGCUAUACGUAAUAGCCCCAAUUAGAACAAAUACAUCAUCUCUUCCACAAAACAACUUUGCUGCUGUAACACAUAGAAUACUAGCAAUAAAAAGAUUAAAAUCUAGACAAGUCAAAGGAUUUGAACCUGAACUUCAUCUUCCAUAUGACAUUCUUGUAAAUGAUUUCGAGCAAUACAUAGAGAAUAAUACUAAGAGCCCAUGGAGGGAUGGUACUACUGAACCGAGAAGUGGUAACAUCAGAGAAAUUAAAAGUUCUCGAGAAUCAACACCUGAAAUAGAUGAUGAGAACAUAGAUAAUAGCGCUGGAUGGCUUGAAGAAUCUGAUGAUAAUAACGCUGGAUGGCUUGAAGAUACUGAGAACGAAGAUUGGGAUUCAACCGAAUAUGAAAUUCUUUUAUCAGAAGCCAUGAACAGCAUCAAAAACAAGAAUAAGUAA